UUUCAGUGACAGCAGAAUUUGUUCUCCCCGUGCCUAACUUGAUUCUUUAUUCAUAUCUACCAUUGACGUCAAUGCAUGAUUAUCAUGGAAAGAUACGAGUCACGUCGUGUGCCAAUGCCACAUAAUGAUUCAGUUCUGAGAGGAGAGAUGUGUAGGACACAGGAAACGUCACGCCUCUACAUGAAUAGGCUGUUUCAUUGUGAUGUUCUGAUAAAAAAUACUGUAUUUUCUCAUGCAGUCGGCUGAGAGAGGGAGCGAGACAAAGCCAAAAGUGGUGGUGGUGUAAUGGAGUGAGUUAUGGUCACCAUCGCUCUGGCUUGGGUCCAGGCCUUUCAGGUGCUGGGCUACCCACUACUGUUAGAGCAGAGCUUCUCUGACUGGAAAGGGAAAUGCAGUCAAUGAAUAUGUUGAAUGUGACAGUUGAGUUAUUUUAAUAAGCCGGGAGACAGAUUGAAGUAGUAGACUCUUAGAGGGCCGGAGAACAUCUCAAUGGGUUUUGGGUCUCCCCCCAAUCGAGAGCAAGCACAUGUGCUUUAGAGUCUUAAAUCACCCAGCUGCUACCAGGGCAUUUCUGUGGCCUAGUUAAAUGGAGUAAAUCUCCUGGGAUUAAGUGAAUUUGUGAAGAAAGCAGCUUUACUGCAGUGGCCUGAGCAGAUGGCAUUAAGACUUGUUUACUACUGCCCCGAUGUCUUCCCUGCUGCCCUGAAUUGAUCGAUUUAAUUUCAUCAGCGUUAACAAAAUACGACAAAUCUCCUGGCUCUGGAAAGGCCUUUAUUUUAUUUUCCGUAAUCUGCUGGUUUCGGGCUGCUAGCCAAAUACCCUUUUUUACAUUUUUUAUCUUGAGGCUGACCAUGGUUGGUGAUGACAGACAAAGGUCUCCAACUGAGACUGCAUGGGUCUGGAGCAGGCACUGUCCACAUGGAGGUCAGACUGGUGUAAGGAGAGAUGGAGAUGACCUCAAGUAAAAUGACAGUGUACAUUACUUCCUACGCUAGUGUGUAUAGCCAUAGGUCUUGAGCCUCCUGCUGUCAAAGAGAGAAAGUGAAACGGUGGAGUAAGAGCUAACACCAAUGGAGCUCUGCCACUGACCACACACACACACACACACACACACACACACACACACACACACACACACACACACACACACACACAUAUCCGUUAUUAUGAUUCCCCCAGCAUACACACAGCCAACAGACAGUUGAUUCCCCUAUCCCACACACGCAGUGGAGUAAAUGCCUUUGGACUGAGAAUCCUCCUGGCUUGUCCUCUCCUCCCUGCCUAGCUCACCCCAGCCCUUAUCUCCGGCCACCCAGCUCUGCCUCGCUUCCCCGUGGCAGGACUGAGGUGUGUGUGUGUGUGUGUGUGUGUGUGUGUGUGUGUGUGUGUGUGUGUGUGUGUGUGUGUGUGUGUGUGUGUGUGUGUGUGUGUGUGUGUGUGUGUGUGUGUAGGCGUGUGUGUGUAGGCGUGUGUGUAACUGCGUGGGGUUUGUGUAGGCGUGUGUGUAAACACCAUGUGGGCAGGCUGGAGCUCUGUAAGGCUGUGUAAGGGUCUGUUCUCUGCAGAAAGCCGAGUUCUGUUCACCUCCAUAAAGCUCCCUUUCUUCCCCUGCAUGAGGAACGCUCCUCUGCAGCAAUGUGGCCAUUCAGCCCCGUGUUUCUCAAGUCAACAUGUGAUCUGGCCCUGUGGGUCUGCAGCCUUACUGUCUUAGAACAGGAGGAUCAGUCUCCCUAGGGGCCUCUGCUGCGAGCUAAAAUUGGAAUUGGGGGGGGGGGUUCUUUUUAUGUAUUGAAUGUUCCCCAAAUACCCUUCCCCAGUUGGGAGUGGCAGGCUUUACAGCUAGGUAUAGCGCGUGAUAAUCUCCACAAGAUUUGAACUGAGGUUCUCUUGUUAUUGAUUUUGAGUCUGAGGCUUUUCUGUUAUUUGAGAUAUUUUGGUAAAGCAGUGGGAAGUAGACUUGAGGUAUUUUUUUUUACAUUCUGAAGGAAGUUGAUUUUAUCACACGGUGCUGUAACUGCUGUACUAUGACUGAUAUCAUGUUAUUCAUAUUUUAAUUAAAAAUAGCCAAGGAGUUGGCUCAUUUGAAUUUGCCACUUUGAAUAGUGCAUUACAUUAAGUUGGCUUGCUGCAAGAUACCAUCAAGGACAAAAAACUUAGAUUAACUGUACUGUAGUUAUACACACACAGUAAUGUAGCUGUAUAUUGGGUGAACAUUGGGGAUAUUGCUGGUAGCAGUAAGUGUUUGUGAUCAUCAUCUGACCACCUUUUCUCAGGCCUCCAGGGUGCCAGUGCUCUGUGUCUGUUAGUGCAAGACAGAAAGAGCUCUUGCUUUGUAACAGGAGGCAUGUGUGUAGUAUUUGCUUUCAGUUUCCGCUGUAUCACUGUCACAUGUCAGGUUGUGUACACACAUGUUUGUGUCUGUGCCAAGGCUGCAGGGGCCAAGUGAAAUACUUCAAUUGAUGUUAUAAGUUUGCAUUCUGACUUAUCAAAUAUUGUUAUCAGUUAGAGGAGGAGAACGCUUGUUCUUCAUUACAGCCCAUCAUUUCUUUGGAACAUUAAAUCCCUCUUUCUAAUGUGACCGGUCGUCAGUGUUGGGAGGAAGGCUCUUUAUCAGGAGCACUCCACAGAACAACGCAGGUUGAUUCAUUUUACAGCGUCUCAGAUUAGUUACACAAGAUGUUUGCUUUGUAUUCCCCCUCUGCCUCUGUUCCAUAAACACUGAGAGACCUUUUGUCCUGUAGGUCAACUCAUUAGUCAGCUGAUUAAGUAGGAGCGGGGCCGGAGCAGUUGUCCAGAUUUACCUCGAGGCAGAGGCCCGGCAGGCAGGCAGUGAGCAGAGAGCCUAAUGAUCAGCUGGGGCCACUGGCCCAGCCUCAGAAAGCACAAAUGAUUUUCUUCUCAGUAAUUAAUUCAAGUUAGGAAAAGCAGAGCGAGUGGAAGGAGCGCCUUGCCAAGCUAUCAAUAGCCCAAUAUGCCAUCUGAGAGAGAAGAAAGAGCUCUCACACAAAGCCGAACUACGGCCCAGGCUCAAAUGGAACCCUAUUCCCUAUGUAGGGCACUGCUUUUGGCAUCAUUAAAAAGUAGUGCACUAUGGGUAGUGGGGUGUCCAUUUUGGAUUUUAACCAAUUGGAUAUGCCUUAGGAAAUGUCAUUAUGUUACGCAAUGAUAAUAGGUCUAACUUUAUGUAUGACCUGAAAGGACAUAAUGGCUGUUAGCACUGUGUUUCUGAUCUGUAGGAAACCUCUAAAGUUCCACCUGUAGUUUUUCCCACAUAAAAAUAUUUGUCUCGUUAAUUUGUUUAUUCCAUUAUGUCUCCUUUUCUGGCUCCGUUUGAAAUAUUGUCUUCAUGGAAGUUCCACCUGUGGUUUUCCCCCUCGUAUAAACAUUUAUUAUGCUAAUGUAAGACCUUUCAGGAGGCAGCUGGUUGCCAUGGGGAUGUGAGCACCAAAUUGGCUGCAUCAUCCCGAAAGUUCAUCAAACUGUUGCCUUUUGGUUUCAGCCCUCUAGUUCCACACCAGUAUGUAUGGGAGCCAUGUUCUAUUGAAACUGAUAACUAUGAAAUAUGAGUUCCAGCUAAGGAGAAAGCCAAAUCAGCAUUCUCACAGCACAAUGAUAAUGUUGUUUUACCUUACCAUGGAAAUCAGCUUCCCUGUUUUAUUUUAAUAUGCCCUUCGGUUAAGUUAGUCCAAACUUCUGGGAAGUUUGUCUUGUUUGUCUAUAAGUUUAUCAUUCCAACACCGUCUCCAGUGUUCUUUCCUCAGUUUACCUUUAUCUAUUACUUUCUGGCCAGCUCAGUUGAAAACUGGCUUUGUCAGUGGUGUUAAGACUGGCGAUGGCCUUGUCUCUGCUCCAGUAGUUCUGGUCAGGCUGACUUGCAGCUCCUCAGGGACCAGCCUCAUUUCUUGCUCUGCUGCAGCCCAGACAAAGGAAGGAUGGAGUUGCUCCUUCACACUGAGCUGAGGAUUGUUUUUGAGUUUUCCCCCUACGGGUGAGGCUUUGGGCAUGGCAUGCUCAUCCUAGAUCCGUGCCUAAUGGUAAAUUCUGCCAGGAGGAACGGCCAGCUAGCGGUCUGACUGAGAUUGAUUAUUUGACCUACUGCAGUUGUCAAUUAAAGCAAGGAUGAAGACAAUUGACCCAGCGUCAUCACAUAAAAGUAAAAUUAGCACUUGGACUAAUUCAAUGUCAGUUUUGAGCUCUAGCCCAGGAUUUGGGGCGCUGAUCCAAGAUUUGUGCCCAUAUUCCAGACUACAGUAGAGCAAUUACUCAGAGUUAGUUUAAUGUUUCAAAGUGACUUAGGUGAGGUAUUACCCCAUGGGUUUACUGUUGCUGCUGCUCACAUUCCACCUCCCUUCACAUGUUUUCUAUCUUGCUGCUGCUCACACUCCACCUCCCUUCACAUUUCUCUAUGUUGCUGCUGCUCACACUCCACCUCCCUUCACAUUUCUCUCUGUUGCUGCUGCUCACACUCUACCUCCCUUCACAUUUCUCUCUGUUGCUGCUGCUCACACUCUACCUCCCUUCACAUUUCUCUCUGUUGCUGCUGCUCACACUCCACCUCCCUUCACAUUUCUCUCUGUUGCUGCUGCUCACACUCCACCUCCCUUCACAUUUCUCUCUGUUGCUGCUGCUCACACUCCACCUCCCUUCACAUUUCUAUGUUACUGCUGCUCACACUCCACCUCCCUUCACAUUUCUCUAUGUUGCUGCUGCUCACACUCCACCUCCCUUCACAUUUCUCUGUUGCUGCUGCUCACACUCCACCUCCCUUCACAUUUCUGUUGCUGCGGCUCACACUCCACCUCCCUUCACAUUUCUCUGUUGCUGCUGCUGCUCACACUCCACCUCCCUUCACAUUUCUCUGUUACUGCGGCUCACACUCCACCUCCCUUCACAUUUCUCUGUUGCUGCUGCUCACACUCCACCCCUUCACGUUUCUCUAUGUUGCUGCUGCUCACACUCCACCUCCCUUCACAUGUUCUUUGUUGCUGCUGCUCACACUCCACCUCCCUUCACAUUUCUCUGUUGCUGCUGCUGCUCACACUCCACCCCCUUCACGUUUCUCUAUGUUGCUGCUGCUCACACUCCACCUCCCUUCACAUGUUCUUUGUUGCUGCGGCUCACACUCCACCUCCCUUCACAUGUUCUUUGUUGCUGCGGCUCACACUCCACCUCCCUUCACAUGUUCUUUGUUGCUGUGGCUCACACUCCACCUCCCUUCACAUUUCUCUCUGUUACUGCUGCUCACACUCCACCUCCCUUCACAUUUCUCUCUGUUACUGCUGCUCACACUCCACCUCCCUUCACAUUUCUCUCUGUUACUGCUGCUCACACUCCACCUCCCUUCACAUUUCUCUCUGUUACUGCUGCUCACACUCCACCUCCCUUCACAUUUCUCUCUGUUGCUGCUGCUCACACUCUACCUCCCUUCACAUUUCUCUCUGUUGCUGCUGCUCACACUCCACCUCCCUUCACAUUUCUCUGUUGCUGCUGCUCACACUCCACCUCCCUUCACAUUUCUCUCUGUUGCUGCUGCUCACACUCCACCUCCCUUCACAUUUCUCUCUGUUACUGCUGCUCACACUCCACCUCCCUUCACAUUUCUCUCUGUUGCUGCUGCUCACACUCUACCUCCCUUCACAUUUCUCUCUGUUGCUGCUGCUCACACUCCACCUCCCUUCACAUUUCUCUCUGUUGCUGCUGCUCACACUCCACCUCCCUUCACAUUUCUCUCUGUUGCUGCUGCUCACACUCCACCUCCCUUCACAUUUCUCUGUUACUGCUGCUCACACUCCACCUCCCUUCACAUUUCUCUCUGUUGCUGCUGCUGCUGCUGCUCACACUCCACCUCCCUUCACAUUUUCUCUGUUGCUGCGGCUCACACUCCACCUCCCUUCACAUUUUCUCUGUUACUGCUGCUCACACUCCACCUCCCUUCACAUUUCUCUCUGUUGCUGCUGCUGCUGCUGCUCACACUCUACCUCCCUUCACAUUUCUCUAUGUUGCUGCUGCUCACACUCCACCUCCCUUCACAUUUCUCUAUGUUGCUGAUGCUCACACUUCACCUCCCUUCACAUUUCUCUGUUGCUGCUGCUGCUCACACUCCACCUCCCUUCACAUUUCUCUGUUGCUGCGGCUCACACUCCACCUCCCUUCACAUUUCUCUGUCGCUGAGCCUCUGCUUCAUAGUUCUGAACAGCUAAAAUAAAACCCUGCGGCGAUUUGAACGAACAUUCAAGGCCAUUAGGAAGGCUACAACCUUCUAUGUCUGUUGUAACGGAUAUUACAGUUGCACAAGCAGGACGCAGUCCCUACACAUUGCAUUGGAGCAAAAACAAUUAGCAUUUUGUGUGAUGAUGUAGGCUAAUCUUUGUAGUUGCUGCCAUAUUGUAGCCACAAGCCAGAGUUGCUGAAAAAGAACACUACUACUUUGACUGCAUGUCUGCCACCUGCUUAACCGAUGUUGGCAAUGGCGAAACAGGAACAUUAUAAUCACUAAUUAGACUGCGUGUCUAUGUCUUGCUUGUGUUUGAUAUGCUGCAAAAAUGGCUGCAUGUAACUGCCCACUUGAGUUUUGCAUUGGCGCAAAAAGCAAUCUGCAAGUUUGUACGAACAUGUUGAUCGUGGUCCUUCUGUAGCUCAGUUGGUAGAGCAUGGCGCUUGUAACGCCAGGGUAGUGGGUUCGAUCCCCGGGACCACCCAUACGUAGAAUGUAUGCACACAUGACUGUAAGUCGCUUUGGAUAAAAGCGUCUGCUAAAUGGCAUAUAUUAUUAUUAUCAUUUAUUUUGUGUACAAUGCAAAUAGCUGCAUGUAGCCUGACUCCCCUAUUGAUAAAAAGAACAUGAAAUCACUCUUAUGCUUAAUAUCCUACUGAGGCAAGGAAUGCAGUAGUUGGAACAUGUCCUGGAAGCGGCAGUAGAGCACUGGGCAGCAGCUACGAAGGCGGCCCGGGCGGGCAGCAGCUACGAAGGCGGCCCGGGCGGGCAGCAGCUACGAAGGCGGCCCGGGCGGGCAGCAGCUACGAAGGCGGCCCGGGCGGGCAGCAGCUACGAAGGCGGCCCGGGCGGGCAGCAGCUACGAAGGCGGCCCGGGCGGGCAGCAGCUACGAAGGCGGCCCGGGCGGGCAGCAGCUACGAAGGCGGCCCGGGCGGGCAGCAGCUACGAAGGCGGCCCGGGCGGGCAGCAGCUACGAAGGCGGCCCGGGCGGGCAGCAGCUACCUUUUAAAAAAUCCAGCACAUAAGCAGAGAUCUUAAGCCACAGCAAAUCGAGUUUCCAGAAAUUCUGGAACCGCAGCCACUGUAUUUUUAACCUCAAAUAUGAGACGUGUGUGUGUGUGUGUGUGUGUGUGUGUGUGUGUGUGUGUGUGUGUGUGUGUGUGUGUGUGUGUGUGUGUGUGUGUGUGUGUGUGUGUGUGUGUGUGUGUGUGUGUGUGUGUGUGUGUGUGUGUGUGUGUGUGUGUGUGUGUGUGUGUGUGUGUGUGAGACUCGGAGAGGGUUAAUAAACAUUGUUAUUCAACAUGCCUGUAACAGAUGGUCCAGGGAUUGGAUCAGAGCUGAUCUCAUUACGAACAGUAACCGUUGAAUGAAACUGAAGGGAUAACUAUAAUCUAUUACUGAUGAUGCACCUCUCUAUAUGCUGUAAUUUAUAUCAUACCAGCACGGUGUGAUUGAGUCUUUGUGUUGAACGGUGUAUUCUUUCAUGAAAUAUAAGAUGGAGGCCGACCCACUCGCAUGAGUCAGUGUCUGAUCCCAGGCAAGUACAUUUAGUUCAUCUAUAUUAUAUAUCAUUGAUGGUUGUUUUAUGGAAGGCGUUUAACUGCACACUUUGCAGCAGUAAUAUAAAGUAGAGUUUUUGUCCUCUGGUCUGUGACUGAUGGUAAGUGAGUCUGCCAGUGUGUCAGAUCAGUCCAGACUGUCAGUGAGACGUGUCAGGGGGAUAUUAAGGCUCUGUGAUGUUAAUUUAUCUCACUGUGACUUGAUGAUGAAAGAUUCCCUCCUCCUCCCCUGUGUGAGUGAGAGACGUCACUUUGUUCUGCUAGAGUGGGGCUCAGUGUGUUUUGAUAGGCCAAUUCAUCCGAGUCCCCUCGUAUAGCCUACACCAGAGCUCUGCUCAGUAACAACCUCUGUAACCACACCACAAGGUUGGGUUCAAUCCCAUGUCAAUGACAAGCUGAGGUAAUGCAGGAAAUCUAAUCAAUUGAAAUUCAAUUUGGCUGCAGGUAGCCUAGUGGUUAUGAGCAUUGGGCCAGUGACCAAAAGGUCACUGGUUCGAAUCCCUGAGCCGACUAGGUGAAACAUCUGUCAAUGUGCCCUUGAGCAGGACACUUAACCCUAUUUGCUCCUGUAAGUCACUCUGGAUAAGUGAUUAAAAAUGUCAAAUGUAAACAGUACAUUGUCAUUGAUAAUCUUGGUAAUGUUCUGUUUGUUUUUGUGCUUCCAUUGGAUCAGGAAAUGAGUUGGAAUUGACCUGGACUCCGGCCAGCUGGUUGAACCCCCAGUGGUUAUUAGGCUGGAAGCCUGGAACAUAGUAUAACAGAGUUCCACUUACCUUCAGAGUUACAGAUACGGAACGCCUUCCUAAUAUUAAGUCGAGAGAAUCAUCCAAAACACACAAUCAAAUGUGAAGUUUUGUAAUGUUCUAGUCAAAGUACAGACCUAAUCCCAAUUGAGAUGUGACAGGAGUUGAAACAAGCAGUUCACGCUUGAAAACCCAUAAAUGUCGCUGAGUUAAAGUAGUUCUGCAUGCACGUGUGUGCCUAAAAUUCCUCUACAGCGAUAUGAGAGACACAUCAACAACUACAGGAAGCAUUUGGUUGCAGCUAAAGGUGGCACAACCAGUUAGUGUAAGGGGGAAAUUUUGUUGGGGCAUGGACUCUACAAGGUAUCAAAUGCUUUCCACAGGAAUGCUGGCCCAUGUUGACACAAUUUUGGGAAGCAGUGUGAAGUUGGCUAGAUGUCCUUUGGGUAGUGGACUAUUCUUGAUACACGCGGGAAACUGUUGCGCGUGAAAAACCCAGCAGCAUUGCAGUCCUUGACACACUCAAACCGGUGCGUCUGGCACCUACUACCAUAAUCCAUUCAAAGGCACUAAAAUCUUUUGUCUUGCCCUCUGAAUGGCACACAUACACAAUCCAUGUCUCAGUUUUCUCAUAGCUUAAAAAUCUUUCUUUAACCUGUCUCCACCACUUAAUUAACACAAAUGUAAGUGGAUUUAACAAGUGACAACAAUAAGGCAUUAUAGCUUUCACGUGGUCAGUCUGUCAUUUGUACAUUCUUCCAUUACAGAAGACUUCACAAACCAUUUAUUCAGGAGAUUUCAUCAGCAGUUCCAGCACCUCCAAAAUCCCACUUUCAUCCUUGACCCCCACACUAGACCAGACCGGAUGACUGUGGCAUGUUUGCUUUGAUCCCUCUCCAUUGGAGCAGCAACCCACAGUCUGGAAAGCCCCACUCACUCGGAGGAUGUCAUUGACUGGGCUGUUGACCCGACCAUUUAUGUCCUCCACAUUCUCUGAAUGAGGAGGUCAGAUAAGCACAUUGUGGCUCUGAGAUGGACUGCUGCUGUCCUGUGUUGCUGGCCAGUCGACACGCCACCAUUGUGUGAUUCCUGACCCGGGGAUGUCUUGCAACACGAGAGACUCCAAAUGGCCUCUCCUGGAUCAUUUUCAACCUUUUUAGAAAUGUUCAUACACCUUUUCAGUGGCGCAAAUAGAUCAAAAUGCACUUGUCUCGUGGAAAGAACAUUUUGCAUCAAAAGGAUCGCACAUCUUAGAUUCUGGAAGAUGUUCAGAUUGGGAUAUUUUCCGCAUCCUUUGAUUUUACCCGAGCAACAUCACAUGCCAGAAGAACGUGUCGGAUAGAUCUAGGUGGAUAUGUAUUUGUCAGAGGCAGAUAUGACUGGGCUCAAGACAGACUGGUGUUAUAAGCUUGGGCUUGCCCUACAUCCUUUCAGACAUCUGAGCUGUGCCUUAUCUGCUGCAUCGCUGGCCUGCUUUCCUACCGCUACAAAGGGAUGGAUCACUUACAAACACUGCCUGGGCAGAGACUAACAUACCUGCCCUGGUAUGAAAGUGGAGAUUAAGUUCAUUGCCGAUCUUCCAUUGUCAGUUCACACUAGCGGUGUACUAGCCGCCAGCCUACAUGUGGGUGUUUUCGCUUACCUUUGUCGUGUGUAUGUGUGUGUACGAGAGAGAAAGAGAGCGAGCGUGUGUGCGUCAUUCUUUUAGAUGUGUUCUUCGCUUCAGAUCUGGUCUUCAUGACCCAGUUUUCUUUGAAUUGCCUCUACACAUUCUACCUUACACCAUUAAAGCAUGUCGUUAAAAGGCCCUCUGGUCCUGCAGUUAAUCCAGGUCCCAUGACACUUGUUAGUGGGACAUUGAGCACUCAGGGGUAACUCUGACAUUAACCUUUGACCUGCAGCUCAUAGCCGUGUCUAAAGAGAUCUCAGGCGGAUUGGUUGAUCUACUGCCACAGUGCAACGCUCUCUGAUCCUCUUGUUUAACGGGGUCUGGUCGACGCCCUGUGGUUUUAAUGAAGGGAAUACAUUAGCCUAGCCUAACGCGCAUCAGUCAGUCCUGGAUAAAUUAGGUUAAAGUGUUGCAGAGGUUGUUUGAGUACAGCUGACCCCCAGAAUGAAAUGGCAGUUACUAGACGUCCCACUAUAAGACAGGUACUAGAGGAGUUAAGUCCCUUUCAUAUUCUUUAAUUGCUCAUCGAGGUGUAUGGCUAACAGUUUGCAUAUGCUGCUGCUUUCAUAGAGCUAUGGUGUCUCAGUGCUCCAUAGAGUCACAUGCUGAGACCACAUGCAAGUUAUCAAUGGAGGAUGUCGGUCUCUCAGCCCACUGGGGUAUUUCCCCUGGGCUAUGAUAGAACACCAUAGUACUGGUUUAUUUACUCACCCUGAAUGGGAGCCUGCUGGCUGGGCUGUGUUCUUGGGCAGUGUAGCUGCUCUGGUGUAUCCUAACCCUGGCAUUAUCCACUCCCACUGAUUGUCCUGCGAUCCGCUUGGGAGCCGGUGGUUUGGAGGACUUUUAGUGUCCGUCCGGUGGAGAUGAGCGAGCGGCAGAAUGAACCUGACUGGAAUGUGGUGGGCCACAUUCUCCGCCGAUCUCCUGCAGCGCUGAGAGGGAGAGAUCAAACCAGAGAUGCACAGACCCAAUGAAAGCUCUUUUGUGGAAAUGGUCAAUCUAAUUUGUUUCCCCCACCGUAAGAUGGUAGCAUGUCAGCUCAUUUUGCCUUUCCUUGCUGCUGGCAGGCCCCGCGGCCCCAGACUCAAGGUCAGGCCUGCUGGAAGGGCACAGUCUGUUUCAUGACCCACGCUCACUGACUGACUGACUGACUGACUGUUUUCUUCUGGGCUACAACCAAGUGGGAACAGCUGAGAGGCAGCUAGAGCCAAGGACUUGUCUACAUGAGUUUGUUUUUGUCGAUGGCAUCUUAGAUCACAGUAUCGCAGGGAGUGCAUUCCUACACAACCUCCUGUAUCUGUUAAUUUACUGUCUUCUAGAGCUCAAUUCAUAGAUAAUGCACACUGCCUGGAGACAAUUGUCAUUUGGAGCUAAUGUACACUGUGUUUAUAUGGGUAAAUCACAUCAAAAUGAGGACUUACAUCCCCCCCUAUUCUCUCUCCGUUCUUUCUUUCUCUCGUUCGCUCCCGUUCACUCUCUCUCUCUCGCUCGUUUUCUCGUUCUUUCUUUCUCUCGUUCGCUCCCGUUCACUCUCUCUCGCUCGUUUUCUCGUUCUCUCU